AUGUCGCUGCUGAAGCCGCCCACCGCCAUGCCACACCCACAUCCGCCCCAGCCGCCGCUCACGCAACGCACCUUCCUGACCUGCGACACCAUGAUGGAGGCGGACAUGGACUCCGAUUCGGAGCAGGAGCGAACCCAUCUCGACGACGAGGAUGCCGCCAUCGAUGUGGAGGCGGAUGAGGAGCAGGAAUCCGCAUCGCCAGUCCGCUCGGCCACGCCCCCGAAGGGCAGCCUUUGCCUGGAAAGCAAGGAGCAUGCUGGCCAGCACAAGGAGGUCACCGCUGCCGCCGUGGACAAGUCGGCGAACCAAAAGGCCUACUGAGCCAGAUCCAACCAAGUGGCUGCACGGAGAAAAAAUUGCCGUACCUUUGUGUAGUACAUUUUGGAAAUAAGAGUGGAAAUCUGGAAAGAACAUGAUCCAUUUGGCAAUAAUUUGAUGGUUAUAAUAUGUAAACAUUCCAAGAACAUGGCAUUCCGUGCAAGACCACAUCAAUGGGUUUCAAGUUUUUAAAAUAGUUUGUUCCUAGAAAACCCCCUGUAAAUACCCACAACUCAAGCUCCUUGUAAAUUUAAAUGUCUCUUGCUCAAUAAGUUUAGGCUUUAGAAAACCCCACGCCAUGUACAUACACAUAGAUAACAAGUGGAUAGUGUGGGUGGUUGCAUCACUUUUCGUAUCGUUUUUGUUUGGCUUUUGAAUCUUUAAAUUGCUGGUCAAGUGUAAGUUAAGUUCGAUAUGCUAAGCCGAGCUCCCCGAGGACCAAGGCAAUCGAUGUUAGUUUAGUGCUUACGAUAAGUCGUAAGAUGUGUGUCAAGCAAUUACCAAAUAAUUAGUUAAAUUAUUUAUACUUUUAAUCGAAUGUUGACAUAAUCCAAACUUCAACUUAAAACCAAACCAAACUCAUAAACGUACACAUACACACACUUUCACAGACAUGAAAUGCUUA